AUGGAAGUUAGUUUGUCCCUCAUUUUCAAGGCGUGCGGCUCUGACGUCCUUCAAGACAUCAUGGCUGGAUCUAUUGGAGCAAACCCUCAAGACUUGUCGAAUUUUCGAUCAUCAAAUAUAGCUCUAGACACAGCCUCAAAUCCAUUACUCGAUUUGCACCUAAAUACCGACCUAGCAUCGCUCGAUCCACAAAGCCAUCCGGAUUUCCUGAAUCAGUGGCCUUCAACUACCGCACCUCAGGAUUUCUAUUACCCAAACUACCCCGCCUCCAGGCUGGCAGCGGACCAAGAUGCUUGGAACCCGUUGCUGGCUGCCGGUGUGCCUAACACCACAUCGGUCUCACAUAUGCACAUCUCCUCCAUGCCCGAUGCCGAGCGGGCAUUUCAAAAACCACAUUACCGAACCCCGUCAGAAGCCGGGAGCCAGUAUAUGGGGAGUUUGCACUCUGGACACUCUGGGGACUCGGGAUAUGCGAGUACAAAUGGGCCAGCGCAUUCAGUGGUACCCUCUUCAUAUGGCUCGUUUUCGAGUCCUCAUAUCGGGGCAAAUGAGCCUGCUUAUAUAGAGUCUAUGUCAUUUUUUGAUCAGUCUCGCAUGGGUACUAUGUCAAUAUUCUCCCAGGACUUUAGUGAGACUUCGGUCAAAUGUGAUCAUUCUUCUUGCUCUUGGGUUGGGAAGUGUCCGUCUGAUAAGAGGAAACACGAGGCUCGCCAUCGAAAGCUUUUCAAAUGUGAUGAGCCUAACUGUCCUCGGAAAGAGGGGUUUGGUACAAUCAAUGACCUUGCUCGCCAUAAGAAAUGUGUGCAUAACAAGGAACCGGAGCGAGGACCUAAGAUGAUGUUCCUUUGCUUUGGAAAGAAUUGUCCUCGUCCCAAUAAGAAGUGGCCCCGUUUGGAUAACUUUAAGCAACAUCUUAGUCGGAUGCACCCCGACGAAGAUGCUGAGAAGCUUCGUAGCAAAUCAAUGGAGUGGUACGAAAGUGUUACCGGCCAUCGUCCCAAUACCAAGAUGGAGGACACUGGCUCUGUUGACGACUCCUAUAUGGAUGCACAAGACCAUAUGUCAAGCUAUUCCGGAGAGAUGGAAAUGGAUUCGUAUGAUUCAUUCCAACAUCCAUCAGCACACGUCGACUCUCUCGUCUCCGCGCCAGUUACUCCUCAGCCAGUCCCAAGCACCGCAGCUCCCAAGGUCACUCCAGAUAUCAAGCUAUCACACUUUCCGUCUAUCAGUCCUAUCGGUCUCCUGCCAUCAUCUACCCACGAGGAACUCGAUGCUACUGUUGAGCGCGGAAACUUGAAAUCGGAAACAUUUGUUACCGACGCUGCUGAUAAUCUUCUCAAUGCCAUGACCAAGAUGGUGAACAAUCGCACUCGAAGAUCUAGUCAACAUAGCGACGAAGGUAUUGACGUUGAGUCUGAGAACUCCCAACUCUCUCAGCCUCAGCGACAGAUGCUACGACAAGUUCUGUCCGUUGCCUUAGAGCGGCUUUCCGAUGAUAGCCCCGCCGUUCAAGUACCAACAGACGAGAAGCAGGAUUGGUUUCAGUGUGAUAUCUGCUCCAAGCGAACGCGAUUGCGUUGUGAGAUGAAGAAGCAUCAGAAACGCCAUGAACGGCCAUACGGUUGCACAUUCCCGCACUGUGCCAAGUCCUUCGGAAGCAAAGCUGACUGGAAACGCCACGAGACAUCCCAACAUCUCCACCUUCCAAGCUGGCUUUGUGGUCUUCACGAUUCCUCCAAAAAUGCCUCAUGCGGUCGCAUCUUCUACCGCGAAGACUCAUAUACACAGCACCUGACCCAACAACACAACACCCCCAAGAAUCGCUUUAAGCUUCUGCUCCCAUCUACCCGUCUCGACCUAGCUGAUCAAUCCCAUUUCUGGUGCGGCCUAUGCAGCCGAUCAAUUCCACUGCAAAGUCAUGGGGCUGCUGCAUUAGAUGAGCGUUUCAAUCACAUCGAUACCGAGCAUUUCAAGAAAGGCGAACGGGGAUGUGAUUGGGCGUUCCUAGAGUUAAACGAAGCAAUUCUUCUGCCUGGUGCGGGGGCUGGUCCUGUGAGAAAUGCUGGUUUGCCUUCUGAAUCGGAGCUAAAUACCCGGAAACGUAAAUAUACGGGCGCACAUUCGCUUGAUGAUAGGAGGAAGUAG